AUCACACUGCUAAACAACAUUCAAAAGCCCUCAAUCCUAACACUUUGAACAUGUCAGACAAUCAACCAGCACGCAGGACUGCGUCUUCUAGAGAGGGAAUGGGUGGCGCUAAGGGAAGAAAGGGUUCUUCAAAGAAGGAGGUGAAGGAGGUGAAGGAGGUGAAGGAGGUGAAGGAGGUGAAGGAGAAGAAGAAGGUUUUGACUGGUUCUGCUUCUCGUCCCCUGGGGGUCCAUGGCUCGGACGUGCAGACUCAGUCUUCAGGCGUGAUCAACGCUGAUGGUUCUGAUACUGAGUGGGAUGAGGAUUGGUAUAAUUAUCUUCAUUCGGAGGAGUUCGCUCGUCGGGAAGAAUAACGUGUUUUUAUUUUGUUUGAUGUGUAUUUUGUAACGCUCGUCGGGCAGAAUAACGUGUUUUUGUUUUGUUUGACGUGUUUUGUUUUGUUUUGUUCUGAUUUCGGAUUGUAUCGCACAGUGUUUUUGUAUUGGAUUUAUCAUCUUAGUUUUUGGAUUGUUCUGAUUUCAAUAUGUA